AACGCGUUCUAUAUAAAUAGCCGGAGCUUUUGUUUUGAGCCGUUAUUCGCUCCCUUGACCAGACGAAGAAGACUCACGCAUUCCGCUCUCUUCCAGAAAAGAACAUUUGUUUCGUAAAGAUGCAGAUCUUUGUGAAGACGCUGACUGGCAAGACCAUCACCCUUGAGGUUGAGCCCAGCGACACCAUUGAGAAUGUAAAAGCUAAAAUCCAAGACAAGGAAGGCAUUCCUCCUGACCAGCAGCGUCUAAUCUUCGCUGGCAAGCAGCUGGAAGAUGGACGCACCCUCUCUGACUACAACAUCCAGAAGGAGUCCACCCUCCAUCUGGUGCUCCGUCUGAGAGGAGGUAUGCAGAUCUUCGUGAAGACGCUGACUGGCAAGACCAUCACCCUCGAGGUUGAGCCCAGUGACACCAUUGAGAACGUCAAAGCCAAGAUCCAGGAUAAGGAAGGCAUUCCUCCCGACCAGCAGCGUCUGAUCUUCGCUGGCAAGCAGCUGGAAGAUGGUCGCACCUUGUCUGACUACAACAUCCAGAAGGAGUCCACUCUCCAUCUGGUGCUCCGUCUGAGAGGAGGUAUGCAGAUCUUCGUGAAGACGCUGACUGGCAAGACCAUCACCCUCGAGGUUGAGCCCAGUGACACCAUUGAGAACGUCAAGGCCAAGAUCCAGGACAAGGAAGGUAUUCCUCCUGACCAGCAGCGUCUGAUCUUCGCUGGCAAGCAGCUGGAAGAUGGACGCACUUUGUCCGACUACAACAUCCAGAAGGAGUCCACUCUUCACCUGGUGCUCCGUCUAAGAGGAGGUAUGCAGAUCUUUGUGAAAACCUUGACCGGUAAAACCAUCACUCUUGAGGUGGAACCAAGUGACACCAUUGAGAACGUCAAGGCCAAGAUCCAGGACAAGGAAGGCAUUCCUCCCGACCAGCAGCGUCUGAUCUUCGCUGGCAAGCAGCUGGAAGAUGGACGCACCUUGUCCGACUACAACAUCCAGAAGGAGUCCACUCUUCACCUGGUGCUCCGUCUAAGAGGAGGUAUGCAGAUCUUCGUCAAGACGCUGACUGGCAAGACCAUCACCCUCGAGGUUGAGCCCAGUGACACCAUUGAGAACGUCAAGGCCAAGAUCCAGGAUAAGGAAGGUAUUCCUCCCGACCAGCAGCGUCUGAUCUUCGCUGGCAAGCAGCUGGAAGAUGGACGCACCUUGUCCGACUACAACAUCCAGAAGGAGUCCACCCUCCAUCUCGUCCUGCGUCUUCGUGGGGGCAAUUAAUCUGCUCAUUAUGUUUAAUCUAGAAGUCUUGAUUUAUCAGACCAAUUCCAAUUUCCUUUGUUCCUCUUAAUCAUUGAAUAAAGUUAUGGCAUUCCUGA